CAGGGUAUCUGAAAGGGGGUGGGAUAACUGAGACGUGAUACUCAGAGGACUGGACGCUCUGGUCUUUCUAGAUGGGGUAAGUUAAAGGAAAAGUGGGAUAAAAGACAUGAAAGAUCUUUCCGAAUGGGAUUCUAGAACUAGAGGUUAGGGGUGAUAGCUAACUGGGAGAAUUAAAAGAAUGCAACCUGGCCCCAUCAGUUCCCUUGACUCACUAAGUUUUCUUACACAGGGUUCUGUGUAACAUCUGGUCUGUUUCCCCAAUACCCAUCACGGCACCUUUGCAUCCAGUCAACUUUCAGCUCUUCCUUGUCAACUCAGUUGACAAGUUACCCCCCAAAGUCAGGAGGCCACUUAAAUCCCAAUAUUAUAUUCUGUCUACUUUUGGGUUUUGCAUCCUUGCCUUUUUGACUACUUUGCAUGCUGUUGGGUCUCCGGCUUCAUGGGCUGCAUCCUCUUCAUUUCCCCAUUCUUUUCUCUGUCUCCAUCCUGUCACACUAACUGCCCUUUGCUCAGCAAACUGGCUGCGUGUGGAUGCAGACUAUCUCCAAAGGCUGCUUGUGUAACCGAGCUCAGAUGCCAGGAGACUCAGGAAUGUCAUUGCCACAAUGCGUGACCUGCGCAAAAAGGACAAGCUGGAGGCAGCAGCGGGGGACACACUCAACCAGACCCUCACCAUUCAGCGCCUGGAUGUCUGUAGUGAUGAAUCUGUAGCUGAAUGCGUUAACAGCCUUCCUGAGAAACAGCUGGAUGUGUUAGUGAACAAUGCUGGUGUGGGGCUCAUUGGGCCCCUGGAAACCAUCAGCAUCGAUACCAUGAAGCACAUCUUUGAGACCAACUUCUUUGGUGCCAUCCGCAUGAUCAAGGCUGUGCUCCCUGCAAUGAAGCAGCGUCAGAAAGGGCACAUUGUGGUCAUCAGCAGUGUCAUGGGAUUGCAAGGUAUCCCUUUCAAUGAUGUCUAUGCUGCCUCCAAGUUUGCCAUCGAGGGUUUCUGUGAAAGCCUUGCUGUGCAGCUCCUCAAAUUCAAUAUCUUCAUCUCUCUGGUAGAGCCCGGCCCUAUAAACACCGAAUUUGAGAUGAAACUGAUGGAGGAAGUGGCCAAGUCUCAGUUUCCAGGAGUUGACGCCACCACUGUGCACAGCUUCAAGGACAUCUAUCUACCAGCCUCACAUGAAAUAUUCACCACCAUGGGCCAGUCCCCUGAAUUUGUGGCUAAGGCUGUAGUCAACAUCAUUGCAAAAGAACGCCCACCAUUCCGGUACCAGACAAAUCCUCUGUACACACCAUUGGUGGCCCUAAAGUACGCCGACACCUCCGGUGAACUGUCCGUCAGUGCCUAUUACAACCUACUUUUUCGCUUCACCAGACUUUUCUACAUCAGCACAAGCUUCCUCAAAUGCAUUACAUGUCGGUGUUUUCGGCGCCAGAUCACACCUACCUGAGGCCAGGUGGAGAAUGGCCUUAAUGGUGGUGUACGCUCACUCCUCAAAUGUCUUGCUAAACUACAACAACUGACUAGAUUCAUCUAUGUAUAUAAGAGAUUUUACUAGGGACAAACCCCAUUUUUGUCUUAAGGAUAGUAAGUCCUGGUGAUUGUUUAGUGGGAGGUGGCAGAUCAAGCAAGUUCUCCAGAACCAGCAGGUUUAUUUCACAGGAAAAUCAGAAGUCCAAAUAUCCUACUCAUCGGGACAAACACCAGCAAGUGCAGAAGCUCACAAUUUAUCAGGGUAUAUUCUUGCAAUGGUAAAUCAUGUCACCUCCAUUUUAAAUGCAACUUAUUAACACAAAUAGGAAAGCAAAAGCUAUGUAAUGCCUUGACUGGAAAUCCUGGAUGGUCCAGCAGUCAUAAUUUCUUCUGUGGUCCCUUUACCAGUUUUGGCAUUCCUAUUUUUAAUGACUAAAAUGGUUACUGGGAUGAGCAAUAUUUUUUUCCAGAUUAAAUCCCCCAAUUCAAUUUUUCCAACAGAGAAAAUGGCUAGUUGGCAAAAUCACUGGAUAACAUGACAUUCUUUAGCCCAACUUCUUCUUCUUUUUUUUUUUUAACCUUUGGAAGAGUUUGCAAGGGAACUGCAUUUGCCCAUCUCUGGGUUAGAAUCUAGCUCAAGGGUCGGCAACUCGUAGCUCUGGAGCCACAUGUGGCUCUUUCAUACCUCUGCUGCUGGUUGGUAAAAGGAAAAAGGACUCUGCGCUAAGAGACUCUAUGGUGGGGGAACUGGAUUUCCGUCGGCUCCAGAAUUGAACGGGGGGGAGGGCUUCCGGUUAGGACCUUUAUGGCUCUUUGAGUGUUUAAGAUUGCCGACCCCUGAUCUAGCUGAUAGAAAAGUUGCUGAUAAUGUGCAAAGUUCUUCACUCUUUUGCCUGUUCACUUGAUUCUUAUCCUCCCUGGUGAUCUUUAUAUGGAUAUAAGGAAAAUCAUGCUGCUCUUUUUCCAGACCUCUUGUGAUUUUUUUUUUUUUUGAAAUAGCUAUUAUGAGCAGAGCUGAUACCAUUCCACAAGUGGAUGUUAUCAAUUUUAAUACCAGCGACUGUCCAUCAUUCUGAGUUUUUAUACAGAAACAAAGUAGAGAGGUAAGGUAAGGAUGACAUACGUGUCUGAUAAACCUAUUUUUUGGAAUAGGGAGGAGGUGACCAUUUUUAUUACUUUUAAUAGGUCCACCAGGAGGUGCUGUUUUGAGUUCUCAAGAAACAGAGGUCUCCAACCUUGGUAAACUUUAAGACUUGUGGACUUCAACUCCCAGAAUUCCUCAGCCAACAAAGGUAAACUGGCUGAGGAAUUAUGGGAGUUGAAGUCCACAAGUCUUAAAGUUGCCAAGGUUGGAGACCCCUGGGCUAGAAUGUCUUUCGAAAGGGAGAACCAAUCAGAUAGAAACUGUCCUUGAUUUAUGCUCUGCCUCACUUGGAAGAGGGGUGUGGAGUGUUUGAAAGCCUACACACAAUUUUGUGUCAUAUUGAUUGGCCCUAACCAAAAUAUUAACCAAGUAGCGGUUUAGUCUUUUUGAGUGCACAAAUCUCUCUCUGCUGGUAAGGUGCCUUCCAAGAUGGGGCUAACUGCAUUACUGUUACAGGGCUAGUUUCAGGUUUUUCUUUGGACUGUCUCCAGAAGAGCAGUCACUGCGAACACUCAGACUUGCACACACAUACUACAUGGAAUAAAGGAGGAGGGCAGACUUACCGUAUUUUAUACAGAAACAAAUUUAAAACCUUCUUCUCCUGGGCCACUAGGUGGCAGCUCCUACAUUUGAAUAUCCAGUCCAAGGAACCAAAAAGGUGCCUUUAGCAGCUACAGAACUAUAUUUUUUCUUUAACUCCCUUGCUCUCCUUCACUGCUACACAGUACACUUACCUGUGGGAGGGGAGGUGCUUUUCUUCCUCCUUUUUCUUGUCGCCUCCAUCGGGUAACCCCAGAAGCAGUUCUAGGUCCUUCUCCUGUUCUUCCUCCUCUUCCUUUUUGCCGCUAUUACUGCCUCAGGGAUCUAGGCAGGCUCUGCUACGGUAGCUGAAGCUGAAAUCCAGAGCGAAAUCAAGGAUAAGAGAGUAGCAAUCUAAGCUAAGCGCUGUUUUUCCCAAUGCAACAGCAUAUUGGAAAUAAAUGUUGUAAAGAGUCCCUGGAGUCUGUUCAUCUGACAGCAAGCUGUCUCCAGAAGUCGAAAAAGAAGGGGCAAAGUUUGAAAGGAGUGGGGUGGGGGGAAGCCAACAAAAGAAAAAUGAGAUUUGAAAACGGGAGCCACAUCAAACCCAAUCCCUAUUUGCCUCAAAUAUUUAGUAAAUUUGGAUCUGGAAUCUAA